AUGUUUCGUUGGUUCAGGCAUAUACCUGAGCUGGGACUGGAGUGUAGCGCUCGGCGGGAGGACCUCGAAGGCUACGACGCAACGAAAUGCACAGACUGGUUUACGCCACCCAAUUGGCUCAAAAUUUUGAGAUGGGUUAAGGCUGGGAACGUUCAAAUCACCGACCAAGCCAGUCUCGACAUUCAUGCCGCCGCAACAUUAGGUGCAUUUGGCGACAGGACAUGUGCAGCUGCUAAGUUACUCUCUCCUCACACUAAGACUGAUUGGCGGGCUGCAGUGUUGAUGGCUGAAGCAACGUCCUUGAUGGCUUGGUGGAAACCGGAUGAGCGCCAACGACUUGGUAAAGCGUACAGCUUUUGCAAUAAAUCUCUGAAACUCAUGAUUGAAUACAACGCUGAUCGUGAGUCAGUGAUGAGGGCGAUUGACGACAUGCUCAGUUGGCAAGUUCAUUGGUACGACGUACCCAAACAGAUGCUCUUCAGAAAGUCGGCGAUAACCAUGGACACGCGCAAAAAUGGUCAUUUAUUGUCUCAACACAUGGUUUGCGAGACCUUGGAAUUUGCUGUUCGUCUAAUGGACAUCGACAGUGGUUUCGAAUUCUUCAUGUCCUUCUACGAUUUACACCGGGACCUCCUUCCCGAAACAUUCGUCUACCAUGCAGACAAGACGUGCAACAGCUUCAUGCAUAUUGCAUUAAGCAAUACUAUCGCCAACGAUGCGAACGGUGUUCGGCUGUCCACCUUAUGUGAGGUGUAUCAGGAUUCACUAGCCCUCUGCGCUGAUACAGACGUACUUUCAGAGCAACAGAAAACUCUCACGAAACUCAAGCUUGGGUUCUGGCUUGGCCGGCUGAACUUCCUGCAAUCAACACAUUCCCAGCUCGAUAAGGCAAUCGAUGUCUGGGAAAACAUCAUUCAAGACCUGCUACAUAGCCCUGCUACCACAGAGAUUGCGCUCAUGUUGCCAAUUGUGACGCAUCUAUGCUCUGCGUAUAUCCGAAAGGUUCUGGAAAGUCCGGGGCACCCGAAUAGCAUUGACAUCGUGGCCAAGGUCAUCGAGUUGGUUGAGAUAGCUAAAACUUCUCAGGACCCUCUUUUUUCAAGCUCCAAUUCCGAACUAGUCUCUGUCUUGCGAGGAUACAUAUGGCGCAAGGAAACAAUCACAAAGCGCACAAAGUUCUUCAAGAACAUGCGACCCGUGCCUUUGCUAUGA